AGUCGUGCUUUUUUUCCCCACACCGCACUACCCCAUGAUAGAUGAUGGAGCCAUGCUAUUUCUAUCGACAUAUGAGGAAUUAUCCCCGUCACGUGGACUACCCAUAAUUUUGUCUUUCUGAUACCAUUGCAAAAGCAAUUGUAGUGAUAGAUUUUGAGCUGAGCUUUCUCUAUUCAUUUCUGUGAUCGAAUUAAUAUUUUUGAACCCUACACUUUCUCGUCACCUAUCAUUUUUAGCCGAGCUAGGUAUGAAGAGCUGGAGCAUCAUCUGUGAAGACGCUUCGGCUUUAUAGUUCUAAAACUUCUCACUUUCAAGAAAUUUUGCGUAAUGUCUGAAAGUUCUACCCCCCGCUGGAAGAUGGUAUUAUUGAAGAGCUAGAGCUACUCCUCGUUACGACUUCUGCAGCACCCAAGGCACUUCAUCUACAUUUCUGCGAUUUUCCAAAUAACAUUUCCAAAGAAGAGCACUCCUCUCAUCUACCGCGACCUUUUUACUAUCCCAAAAUCCUAAAACCUCCUUGCCGACUAAAGCUGCGCCAUGGGUGCAGGUUCUUCUUUCGCGCCGCAGACUUCGUACUGCCAUGCCUGCGGUUUCCGGCAAACAACCAUCGGCGGCACGUUGAACGAGUGCCAGCAUUGUGGAGCGGUGGACACCUUGGAAACCAGGCCGAUGUUCACGGAGAUUUUGGAGCAAGGGGCAGAUGGCGCGGUGAAUAGAGUAGAUGGCGGGGGAACACAAGAUGGACCACAAACACGGACGGGCAAUGCCGCCGGGAGCGACACCACAACCACUGGUGGAACCAGCCGAAGUCCAGUCAGAACCAGAAGGAGGAGCAGCACGACAAGGAGCGAGGGAGGAGACAGGGUAAAUUACGUUUCCCAUUUUCAUCUGCUUUCAUUUUUGAUGUGUGACACAAAAUGACACGGGCGCUGAAGAUGCCUCCUGUGCCUCGGAUAGUACUCUUCUCGUUCUGGAUGCAAAAACCACCCAAAAAACGACCAACAGCCUACUCCCACCGCUGGUGGCCCAAGAAACACAACUACGUCCGACAAUUCCGCCACUCUCGGCAGCCAGGACCAUUCCGCUUCGGAACAGGAGUCUUCCGGCGAGGAAGCGCAUGUGGAUCUUUUGUGGAAAAACCUGCACCGCAUUCCGGGCGUGACCGCGACUGGAGAUUGCAGCAUUUGCUGUACCGAGCUCGCUGUGGAUGAUGAUGAAGAAAUGAAGAAGAAAGCGUUGGAGCAAGCCGGAGGGGUAGUACAACUGGAUGAAUCAGGAGACGAAAAAAAUAAAAACCUCUUUAAAAUCGACGGCCCCUUCCGCGGUUUCCACUCGCCCUACCCCUUCCGUUGCGACUGGUUUUUCUACCGCGAGAACGCGUUCAUGCACCCGAGUCGGGCGGCGGAGGAGAAUUAUUGCAUACCCGUGUCGGAUAUCAACUGUAAAAAUGUGUGGGUCUGGACGGAUGUAACCUGUGUUGCGCAUUUCAGAACACACAAAAAUCUCCCAUGCAUAGGUAGCAAAAGCUGCUCACUUUCUGUCACCAAAGUGGGGGAUUUGUCAUGCGGGUUCGGCAUCGCGGAAGCUUCUCGAAACCUGUGAUGCUAGAGCUUCCAUGCCAGACCUUCUGCGUCAUGCAGAAACAGCAUCACUCUUCCAGACCCAGACAUUUUUGCAUUUGAUAUCGGAGUAUCGGGACGGGAGAUUUGUCAACUACGACGAAAAGACCGCAAUCACCCCCUGCGCUUUGAAGUCCGCGGAAAUCGCCGCGAAGCCCUACACGGUGAUAAAACUCCCCUGCGGCCACCAAUUCCAUGAGGAGUGCUACUCGUCUUGGUUUUUCUCGGCGUCCAAUUACAAGAAAACCUGCCCCACCUGCAGGUCCGCACUGCGGCCGAACGCGCGGCCGCCAGAUAUGGCGUUCUCAAAUGUUACAUUCUCAGCUGUUACAUGAUUUGUCAUGCAAAAACACUAUCACUCUUAACACGAUCAAGCCUUCUCCGCAUAACAACUUCUCGACGCGCUAGGUAGCAUUAUACUCUGCUCCAAACCUGUAAUGCAAAAGGCGCAACGUUUUCCCUUUCACUUUUGCCAUUCUUGCAUACAAAUUUCAUGUAACAGUUGAAAAUGUAACGUUUGAGAACGCCAUACCAGAGGAACGCCAAGCGGCGCGGAACGCGGCAAACGGGAUAAGUACCGGGACGGACAACGAGCCCCACGCGUUUCUCCGGGCGGCGCGGGAGUUUUUCGAAACUUUCAACCAAGCGACCCGAGCGGCGCACAGUUCGCUGCUGCGUGUGUUCGAGGCGCAGCGGGAACGGCAUGCGCGGGAGCUGGAGGAGCGGAACAGGGGGAACAGUGAGGAAUCGAGUGGGAUUGACGAGGCGAAUUUGGUGGUCAGUUCGGAGAGAACCAGGAUGAACAGAAGUGGUGGUGAUGAAGGUGAAACCGACAACAAUUUGAAUUCUACGAGGAGGGGACACCAGCCGUACACAGUCCUGCAGCCACCUCGAAACAACAGCAGCUCGGCGAACCAACCGACGCGAGGAGAAACCCAGGCUGCCAGGCAAAAUAGCGCGAUCAGCCAGCACAUUCAGAUCAUGCCGUUUCUGGAGCAGCAGCCCCAAGAAGGAGGUGCUAAUUCGGACACGACCGUUUAUCCUUUCGGGGAUGGAGAAGAGCAAGAUGGUAGCGUCAGCAACUCCAGCAGCCGAGCGACGCCAAAUAACAGUGUCGGAGGUUCUUCUUUCUUCGGUGCUGCUACAUCGGGACCAAGACAAGCCAACUCUAGUACCUCGAACAGCAACAGCAACACAAGUACGACAUCUACAAAUAAUCGGCGCACGCGCACAUCGCACCAAAUCCGGUUAACACCGCUACGAUCCGAGGACCUGCCGGAGGGAAGAGGGACGGCGUUCUACUUCGAGCUAAUCGAGCAGGAGGAGGAGGACGUGGAUGAGGAUACGGCGACUGCGGCGGAGCAAGACGGUAUAAUUACUCAACCACGGGUCGAAAAUCCGUGGAUUCGCGGUGGCGGCGGUGUGGUUCCUAGUACAACUUCUGCGCGAAAUUCAUCUAGAGCGACGAGUACGAGGAAUAGUGUAGAUAGGGGAAGUGAAGAGAGCAAUGCCGCUACAACAGCUUCCACCGUAGCUAGCGCAGGUCUGACCGCGACGACAAUAGGGGCGCCAGAGGUUGAUGUUGAAGACGGACGACGGUCAGCAACAGCAUCGUCUUCAAGUCCGACGAACAAGAAGGCACCCCGAGCUGGUGCUGAAGCUGCGGGUGCAACGUCUACUCCGAAAGGACGGGAGAAAGAGCGCGUCGGUGGAGAGUUGAUGCAGGAGAAAAGUUCAAAGAAAAGGAAAACUACACCUACUCGCUACAGUGCCGACCAUGCGGCAGCAGCAAAGAAGGGAAGAGAUAUACGAAAACGCACUAUCGGUAUAAACAGCGACUCGGACGACGAGAAUGACGCUGCGCUACAGGCCUUCCUCGGAGUCGGGGGUAACGACGGGGGAAUGUUGCAGUCAUCUUCAGCUGCUGGCAGCAACAGCAACUCAAGUUCAUCAUCAAGCAGUAGUAGCAGCUCCGGCCGCUUGGAAGACUACCAACUUCUCCCCUCGAAGCUCGUUUCCAAUGCCUACAGAAGCAAGAUGCAGAGGGAGGACGAUGAAGAUUUCGAUUUCCAGCCUCGCGGCCAGCAACAGAUGAAUCACAAGAAGAAAAAAACUUCCACCGCCCUAGGUGGUGCUCGCGGCGGCCUACAUCAGUUUUUACCCGGAGCUGCUCGUCCUCCAGCAUCUUCCUCUUCCUCGAGUCUUGCGUUUUUUGACGCGCCGACGCCGGACUGUCAAUCGACCAUCGACGGCGAGGAGGACGAGCUUCUCGAAGAUGUCGCUACAACCGCUGGAGGGGAUCUGUACUCCUCUUCGGCAACAACGGUUUCAUUAUUGAAAACACCACUCUUCUCCCCGAGUCUGCAGUCCGAGCACGAAGAAUAUAUGUUGCUGCAGGAACAGCAGAAACAGAAAACGAAGACCGCAUCUUCGCCCGAAGCGGAGUUACGGAGGAAAGAACGGCAGGCGCUGAUCACCGGAAGAAAUAUCGCUGAUUUGGAUGAAGACCCAGGUCGUGGUUUUUUGUCAAAGCGCGAAACACUGCAACCCUCCAGAGUGCCGUCGACCAGUCCGCAAGAUAACGACCGCGGAACAAGCGGGGUUCUGAUGAACAAGCAACAUCUGGCCGCUACCACGCCCGCGUCUUUGAGCUUACUCGGUGGUGGCGCGGGAAGUAGCUUGGCGACUGGACGAGGGGGAGCAACAGCAGCUGCUGUGUCGUCAAGUGGUGGAAGUGCUGGGGGCAGCAAUUUUCUGAAUAGCACGGGGUCAGCAGUAACUUUACCACCUUCGCGGAACAAAGCUCCGGUUGUUCUCCCUGACCGGACUCCGUCAUCUUCGUCUCUCAUUUCGGCCAACGGGGAAACAGCAGCGGCAGCUGCAGGGGAACAAGAUCUUCUAGUACCGAAAGAGAACAAAAAGAAGAUGAAAAUAGGACAAAGAGCGUUUGCGUUGCGCGAAGAGGUGACCAGUAGUCUCUCCCCGGCGGACGAAGAGCCUACGAUGACGUAUCGCUGUCCUCAGACGGAGGUUUUACACCAGGGUGUGGAUUUCAGGCCUGAUUCUUUCUGCGGCAGCACUGCUUCUGCAUCAUCAUCUUCUCCGAGCAAAGGUGGUGCAACACGAAGUAAUUCCGGCGAACAGAGACAAGAACUGCAGUUGCUGACUUCGUGCCACGCGGCGAAGGGUUUGUUAAGGGUAAACGCGCGGGGCGGAUUGAAUUCUUCGACAUCGAGCACAACAAGCAGCGGCACAACAUCUUCAAACUGUAGUCCAGUGUGGGGGUCCGAGCAUUUUCUCGGGUCGGGCAAAGUGGAUGUGCAGGGGAUUGCGCGAAUGACGCUGCCUCUAGAAGUAGUCGGGGAAAAUGGUAAAACUAAAACUGACAGCGAAAGAAGUAGAACACACAUCCCGUUCAUCGUUCUCUGCCACACCAACCAGGACCGGGUCAUUUUGGCGCAGGAAGAUGAACCUAUUACAACGUCGGCGGGGAUGAGUCAGAAGACAUCCUCAUCGUCAUCCACUGCGUGUGCCUUCGCACUCACCGGCAUCCGAAAACCGGCAGGGGUUUGCUGGAGUGAGAAGCAGAAAACGCUCUACGUCACCGCGGCGCACGCAGUGUUCGCUUUCAAGUUUGCACUGGAGCAUGCGAGACUGGACGAAGGAACAAAUGCAAAUAACGAGAACUAUCAACAAAAGAACAUGAACGAUACGACUAGUACCAACCGCCUUCUGUUCUACCCAGAGCAAAGUCUAACGCCUAACGCGACCUCGGAAGAUCUGCUCAGAACUGUCAAAGACGGAGCUGUAUUUUCAGCGGCCGACUUUGGCCAAUCAGCAGGUAGUACAUCAACCACCACCUCCGACCAGAUUCUCCCCUGCCUCUGCACCUCAACAGGUCAAGUUACAGAAAUAAAUCAACACCAGCCAAAUAAACCCUCCAGCACGACGUGGUCUCCCCACUAUCAAUUGAAAGUCACACGACAACUGCUGCUCGGGUCCGGGAAGCGCGGCUCGACUCUACGCUCCCUCGCUUUCCCUUCGCAGAUUGUGGUAGACGAAAAGCAGUCAACGUUGUUCAUAGCGGAUACCUUCAACGACCGGAUUCUGAAGCUGGACUUAGCCACGAACCACUGCACGAUCGCGAUGGGGAGGGGGUUUUUAAGGAAUUUGAAAAACCCACGGGGGGUUUGUUUGUCCAAAGACAGCAGUCUACUGUUCGUCGCCGACACGGGGGGACAAAGGAUUUUGCAGACGCCGAUAGCUGCGAACCAGACUUCUGGAGGUGAAAGAACCAUGCAAACAUCUUCUUCGACGACAGGACCAUUAAUAUCUGCCGGUGAAACUACAACGACCACAGCCGUAACAACGACCACCAGAUUUUCAUCCGCAGCGACAGGAGGCGUAACUACAAACCCUGUGACGUCCAUUGAGGGAGAUUCCCCUUGGAUCCGACCUUGCUGUUUAAUGGUGGAUAGCAACUUUCUCUACGUCUCGGACAAGAACCGACUGUCACGGGUUUUAGUGGAAGAAGCGUCGGAAUCGGUGAUAUGAGGUUCGGAUAGUGGUUUCCAGCAACAAACGUGGUUUCGAUCAACGGCAAGAACUUUUUCGGGAUGAUGCUACGAUGUUGCGCGGUUCAGGAAAGGCACUAUGUGUGAGUGGUUAUUCAUAAAUCAUAUUCAUCUUCACAAGAAAACUUCAACUUGAUUGAAUUUAGAAUGUGAUCUCGUUUCGGUUUCCGUUUCUGUUUCUUUUCGUCAGCCAGUUUCGGCGUCGAGACGACACAUCUAAAGAUUGCUGCAGAUCAUGACACGGGUUGUCAGGAUGAACGUCGCACUUUGUGUUUCCAAACCUAACGAAAGUAGUUUUUG